AUGCCGACUACCACAUCCGUGCUGUGGUGUGUUGCUUUGCUUUGGAGACAUGUAGCGGCAGCUGGGUCUGGAUUUCGUGCGGAUCAAGUCGACAGAAGGAUACCGUCCCGCAACGACACGACAACCGCGUUGAUCUCCGCCUCCCAAGCGAAGUCUAUUCUUCCCGAGACUACAACGUCUUCAUUAGACCCAGAUGGGCUGGCCUACUCGACAAUUGGGAGCUCAUCAUACGCUGUUCCAGAUUCCACGAGGACGUCAAUGACAGAAUAUGAGUCUGCCGCCCCGAGCAAUACUGAGGAUGCCGACUCGGACCCAUUUGUGUCUAUAUCAGACCUAGGGCGCAUUACUACCUUAACAAGACCGACGUUACAGUUGCCUUCACCAGCAAACAGCAACUCGGAGGUCAGCACUACACCAGCCAUCACUAGCUCUUUGUACAUUUCAAAUCCAAGUCACACAGCGCUGCCAUCCGCUACCAUACCAAAACCUUUCUUCAACACGGCUUCGAUACCCUCGAAAUGGAACUCUACAACGAAUGUUACAGCGCCGCCUCCUCCUCCUGUGACCACCUUCACCAUACCAUCACCAACGUCCAUUACUGUGUAUCCGAAUACUAGUGCGAGUGAGUGCUCAUCGAGCAUUGGCCAGCCUAUUACAGUCACAUCAUAUUCUAUCGUGUACACUUCAACUACGACUUGGGCUGAAGACCCAUCCGACUAUACACCACCAUUUCCUACCAUCAACACACCGGGACCAUGCACUCCCAAGUCCAGCCCAACCGGCUUAACCACUUUUACGACAACUGAUAAUGCCCCCAACCUUGUGAGUUCGUCCGGGGCGCAGGCUGUGCCCGCACUACACUUCGCGACAAUAAUCUACGUCACGACGGACAAGAACCCUGCCGUGGUGUUUCCGAGCCUGACGCUUCCCGACUAUGGCGGAUCACCAGCCUCGGACUCGAAUAAUCACAAAACGGUGUCCGGAGACAGUGCUGUCACCACGCCCGAGUAUGGGAUGGUGAUGUCGUCGGUCGAAGACCACAAAGCGGCUGCUACUCCGGCUCCAGCUCCAAUUUCGGUUCCAGCUUCGGCUCAAGACCUUGGAAGUGAGCUCGACUCGGCUCCAGUGACUGUCGUGGUGGACCCGGGCGAGGUGCAACUCAACGACCAAACGUUCACCGAUAAUCCCGAGCAGAAGACGUCCACUGUGGUUGUAGGGACCGAUACCUUUGUCAUCGAUCCAUCCAAAGUAGUCGGCGCUAGUGCUACCAUCACUCGACCCCCUAAUGUAGGAGGUGUGCUCGUCGCCGUACCAGCGACAACGACGAUCGAGGGUAUAGAAGUCGUCUACGGAUCAUCCGUGGCUACUAUUGACGGCACAGUCUAUGAAGUUGGUCCCACGCCAGUGUCAGUGGUUGUCAAGGGUCAACCCAUCGUACUUGGAGCAGGGGCAAUUGCGUUCCCCAGUCAAACUCUCAACGUCAACACUGGCCCAGGCGCAACUGAGACAGGUGUCUUGGGUGGCGAAUUGAUUACGGCCAUUGGGUCUGACGUCGUUGUCAUUGAAGGCACAACAACGACAUACGGAGCGGACCCGAGCACGGUUACGGAAGUUGUCGACGGUGACACGAUCUUGAUCGGGCCGUCGGGUGUGAUUGUUCAUGGCAAAACUCUUGGGGGACCUACAGCAGCAUCUAUUGCCACCACGUUCGAGAUGGUGGGCGGCGCGACGAUUACGCAGCUCGGCAAAACGGCCGUGGUAAUAGGGGGAGUCACAUAUAGCGUCGGCGCCGGCACCACGGCGACAACGACGGUCAUCGACGGCGAGACCAUCACCAUUGGGCCCAACGGGGUCUCGAUAUCGACACUUACGCUUGGCGCGCCCUACGCGUCGACAACGACCAUCGGCGCAAGCCAGGGCACCAACGCAGCCAUGAGGGUCCCAACUGCGACGGGAUCCGCUGAGAACAGCGGACCAGUCACGAGGCCAGACCGGGGAUUCUGUUUAAUGAUUUCAUGCAUAGCGACAGGCGGGGCGUUGUUGGGCUCACUGAUCUUCUGGGUUUGA